UGUGAGAGGAAGAAAUGGCGCGUCCCGCCAGGAGGACGCCCAAGAGGCCGUCAUCUAGAGAUAGAGCCGCCGAUAAAAAGGAUGAAAAGCAGCGCAUGAGUGGAGCGGAGAGAUCGGCGUACUUCGCCCGAAGAGAGGCAGCGAAGGUGUUGAGGAUAGUUCUUCGGGGUGACGCUCAACGCCGAGCCGUUGCUUCCAUCAAGUCGCUAAUAUAUAGGCCUUCCGUCAGAAACAAGAAGGGAACCUUUGCUCUCGUUUGUCAGACGCUUAAACACCUACCUGUCAUCAAAGAGAUCUUGGGCGCUUCUUCACUCUUGAACAGCAAGUGGAAGAGACAAGAAGAAUUGAUAUACAUUGUCGUUUACGAUAUUCUUUUUGGUCAGGCAGUCUCAUUGGUUGGCGACGUAGAGAAGUUUCUCUCUCGUCACAAAGAUGUCCUACAGUCAACUCUAAAACAGCUUCUGUUACGGAGAAAAGUGACGAGCAUUAAACAAUUGGUUGCGCUGUAUGAAGUACCUGAUAUUUCUUUACCUCGUUAUGUUCGCGUCAAUACACUUAAACUGGAUGUUGAUUCUGCCUUGCUCGAACUGAGCAAAAAGUACACGGUUAAAAAGGAUGAAUUGCUGCCUGACUUGCUAGUACUCCCGUCAGGCACUGAUUUGCACGAUCAUCCCCUUGUCAAGAAUGGAGGAAUCUUUUUGCAGGGUAAGGGCAGUUCCAUGGUAGCGCCAGCCCUUGGCCCUGAACCAGGAUGGGAGGUUCUUGAUGCAUGUGCAGCUCCUGGGAACAAAACUGUCCACCUUGCUGCGCUUAUGAAGAGAAAGGGCAGGGUUAUAGCAUGUGAACUGAAUAAAGGGAGGAUCAAACGUUUGAAAGAGACCAUAACACUCUCUGGUGCUUCCAAUAUUGAAGUUCUUAAUGAGGAUUUUUUGAACAUAAAUCCCAAGGCUCCUCCGUAUUCUAAGGUGCGUGCUAUUCUUUUGGAUCCCUCAUGCUCUGGUUCUGGAACUGCUUCUUCAAGACUAGACCACUUGCUCCCUUCAAAAGCAGCAGGCCAGGAUUUUGAUAUGGAAAGAUUGAACAAGCUUGCCAGUUUUCAGAGGAAAGCUCUUCAACAUGCAUUCUCCUUUCCCGCAGUUGAGAGAAUUGUCUAUAGUACAUGUUCUAUCAAUCAAAUCGAGAAUGAAGAUGUCAUCAUAUCUGUUCUUCCCAUGGCUGAAUCAUAUGGGUUUCACCUGGGGACCCCGUUUCCCCAAUGGCAGCGCCGUGGGCUUCCAGUGUUUGAAGGCUCUGAACAUCUGCUUCGGACAGACCCGGCUGUGAAUGGCGAAGGAUUCUUCAUUGCUUUGUUUGCCAGGAAGGGUGCAGGGUCGCAUAAAGAAGACAUAAGAGCUAUUAGUAACAAUUACACUACAACAAUAACCCUUCGUAAAAGGAAAUAUAGAUUGCCUUGUAUUCAUACUAACAUGUUCAGGUGGAUAUAUCAUCAGCUCAGUCGGCGGGGAUAGAGACGAGAACCGAGUUUUCCACAUGAAGAGGGGCUUAAUGCCACAAAUUUUCCUCUUCACCAGGAUUUAGGUUUUAUAACGCCUUGAUGGCCUUACAAUUUUGGGAUCGAGAUUCAGAACGCGCAAAUUCAAGCAGAUACUGGUGGGAUGCCCUCCGAGCCAGAAAUGCCAUUGUGCAUUAUGGUCUUCCCAAGAAUGUAGAGACAGAAGCCACCUUCUGUCCCUUCGUUUUGAUUUGCUACCCUUAUCCGACUCUUCAGGAUGAUAUGUUUUGCCGUCAAGGUUUUUUCCCUUGGAUUUAAUUACAUGCCAUUUAAGUUUUCGUGAGUUCAGAAUUAUAAACAUGUACCAUCUCCUGGGCCAGUUGAAGUCACCUUUCCUUCGAGUUUUUCGUUCGUGGUUGUGAUCCUGCUCCUUAUUCUGUAGAACGAACAUGUUUUGCAUC